GGCGUUGCUACCGUCAUGCUGCAUUGUUUGAGCUACAGCAAAGAGCCAGGUCUAUAUGUGAUGUAUAAAUUGUGCAAAACAAACCGUUGCAUAAAUAUAAUCGUUAAGUUAUUUGCAUGUGAGGCUUGAAACGCCCAUCCUUCUGAGUCUGACGUUAGCUCGGGAAGCACUGUGAAACUGAGUGGCAUCAAAAAAGAUGGCAGAAGUUGUGCACAUGAUUGACACUGAGGUCUUCCUGGCCUUCUCCACAUAUGCAACCAUUGUCAUCCUCAAAAUGAUGCUUAUGAGCCUUGUGACUUCAUACUUUCGUUUGACAAAACAGGUUUUUGCAAACAUUGAAGACACCACCUUGGUGAAGACCACAGAAGACAGGAAGAAACUGGUCAGGCUUGAUCCGGAUGUGGAAAGAGUGCGACGAUGCCAUCAGAAUGACCUGGAAAACAUUGUUCCCUUUGUGGUGGUCGGUCUUCUGUAUGCACUCACUGGGCCGGAUCUCUCCACGGCUCUUUUGCACUUCCGGGUGUUUGUGGGGUCACGCAUCAUCCACACAGUGACCUAUGUUAUGGCUCUGCCCCAGCCUAGCAGAGGUCUGGCCUUUGGUGUGGGGCUGUUCACAACUUUGUCUAUGGCCUACAGGGUGCUCACCACCGCUCUUUUUCUCUAAUGAAUAGCACUCACUACAUUUAAAACCAUUUUGUUGAAGUUUACAUGCUUUUUGCAGUCUUGUGUGAAAGAAAAUGUCUUUUUUUUUUUUUUUUUUUUUUUUGUGUUUUCUACUGGUUUUUAGUACCACACCUCCUUAAAUGUACUUUAUAGUGUAAAUGAAAGCUAAAAAUAUGCCUUUAAACUGCUGAUAAUAUUUAAUGUAAUCUUUAACUCCUGACACACAUUUGAGGAUGAGUCUGUAUUGUACAUUGAACAGGCAUUUGUUUUUUUUGUCACUUAUUAAUCAUGAGCAACAGACUUGAGCAAUAAUUAGGCCUAUGUAUGUUUGCGCAUGUAGUUUUACACCAGUUGCAAAGACAAGCACAGGAAAAUAUUCAGUUAGCAUUUUAUUGUCAGCAGGUUUAAAGAAAGCAAAAGAAAGGGUGUGGGGUGUAUUAAUGGAUUAAAGAAAGUUUGAAAAUAAAAAAGUUUCUGACAAA